GGAGACUCCAGGACAAUGCAGGAGGGAUUCCAACAUCCUGAUUGGCUGCUCUCCUUUCCUUAGGGUUUGUAGAUUAGAUAGUGUCACGCCUGGUGGUAGGCCUCAGUCCUGCAAACCAUCCCCCCAGGGUUUAGUUUUUAAACCUGAGUGAUAGUACUGUAAUGCUCUUUUGUUUGGGCUUGUUGUAACAUCGGAAUGUUUACAUUUAAAAAAAUAAGCUUUGAGUGGAAUGGAAAACAUUUCAAUAGUUUAUUUUAAUUAACAAAGCCUAACAUCCUGGCCUAAACUUCCUGGGUCUCCUCACACUGACAAAAUAUUAUUUAUUUAAUCCCUGAGGCUGCAAUUUGAUCCAUGUGAGCAGAUGCCUGUGCCUGCACAGAGCUCCCAAGAGAUGCAAGGUCCCAGCGAUGGGGAACAGCUAGUAGGAUCUAGGCUUUAGAGAACUCCAUUAGUGGGACCACGCAGGGAGGAAGCCACUCUGCCAGGCACUGCUGCCACCCACCCCUUCUGAAUCGGUUCUCGGCUGCAGCGUUAACAGCACGGGUCACAACUUCCGUAUGAGUCACACACACACAAACCCUCCCUUUCCCGCUCGCCGUGGAUAGUGGGGAGGGGGAGGAGAGAAAGAUCUCUUCCCCUCUACCCUAGGAACAGCAGCCCAGCCGAGCAAAUGACACCGCAUUCCACUCUGCCGCUGGUGUCCGAGCUUGAAAGAACAAGUUUUUAAAAAAACAAACAAAGCAGGUGCCCUCACUAAACGCUGCAUUGGAGGAACAACUGCUGUGUUCAGGAAAUAAGGCAGGAAACCUGAGCAAGGAAAGCUAAAGUAAAGUUGUCUGUGUAUCAAGGUCCCCGUGCAUCCGUAAUUAUCCGGGUAAUUAUCCGGCAACGCUGCAAGGCCGCCCACCCCACCCCAUAUCGUUCCAAUCCAUAGCCAAGCUGCUGGGGCAAUGGAGCUCAAGAAUGUGGUAGAGACUGUGGAAAGUGGGGAACAAGACGCUAUCCUCAAGGUACUGCAGAUCUACAACCAGGAGAAGUCUCAGUGUUUCACCUUUGAAGAUGAAGAGCGGGAGGAGAGGAAGAAAAUGGCCCACCUGCUGAUCAAGUUCCUGGAGAGAGAGCUCCAGCCCUCCUGCCAAGUCACAUGUUUGGAAAGCAUCCGCAUCCUGUCCCGCGACAAAAGCUGCCUUGACCCCUUUACCACCAGGGAAGGCCUGCAAACCUUGGCCAGACAUGCUGGCAUUGAUUAUUCAGAGGAGCUCAUUCGAGAAGUCCCAGACCUAGAUGUGAUCCUGGAGGCCCUCAAAUGCCUCUGCAACAUCGUCUUCAGCAGUCCCCGGGCACAAGAGCUGACGGCUGAGGCCCGGCUCGUGGUGGGUCUUACAGAGCGCAUCAAACUCUACAAUGAGAAGAACCUCCCCCAUGAGGUCAGGUUUUUUGACCUGCGUCUUCUGUUCCUGCUGACAGCACUGAGGGUGGACAUCCGGCAGCAGCUGGCCCAGGAGCUCAGGGGUAUCAGCCUGAUGACAGACACCCUGGAGCUGACACUAGGGGUGAAAUGGCUGGACCCCCAUGAGGUAGCCACUGAGGGGAGCCCUCCCCUACCCCUGCCACGCCAGGAGACAGAGCGUGCCAUGGAGAUCCUUAAGGUGCUCUUCAACAUCACAUUUGACUCCAGCAAGAAGGAGGUGGAUGAGGAAGAUGCUGCUCUGUACCGACGCCUGGGCGCUCUCCUGCGUCACUGCCUGAUGAUUUCAGCUGAUGGAGAGGACCGGACAGAAGAAUUUCAUAGCCACACAGUUAACCUCUUGGGCAACCUCCCGCUCAUGUGUCUGGAUGUCCUGUUGACUCCGAAGGUGCGGCCAGGCUCGCUUGAGUACAUGGGCGUCAACAUGGAUGCAGUCAGUGUCCUGCUGGAUUUCUUAGAGCGACGACUUGACAGGGGUCACAAACUGAAGGAGACCCUGACCCCUGUGCUGAACCUGCUGACAGAGAGUGCCCGCGUCCACCGCCAGACGAGGAAGUUCCUCAAAGCUAAGGUGCUGCCUCCGCUGCGGGACGUGAAGAAUCGCCCCGAGGUGGGGAACUUGCUGCGGAACAAGCUUGUGCGCCUGAUGACUCACAUUGACACUGAUGUGAAGCACUGCGCGGCCGAGUUCCUCUUUGUGCUCUGCAAGGAGAGCGUGUCGCGAUUUGUGAAGUACACAGGGUAUGGCAAUGCAGCUGGGCUCCUAGCAGCACGAGGUCUCAUGGCAGGAGGGCGGGCAGAGGGAGAGUAUUCUGAGGAUGAAGACACGGACACAGAGGAAUACAAGGAAGCUAAGCCCAACAUUAACCCAGUGACAGGCCGUGUGGAGGAGAAGCUCCCCAACCCCAUGGAAGGGAUGACUGAGGAACAGAAGGAGUAUGAAGCCAUGAAGCUGGUUAACAUGUUUGACAAGCUGUCCAGACAGCAAGUCAUCCAGCCGAUGGGGAUGACUCCAGGGGGCAAUCUCACCUCUCUGGAGAACGCUGUGCAUGAGCUGGCAGAGGAGAGGUCAUCGUCUGACUCUGACUUGGGGUUGGACUGAUUCACACCUCUCCACCCCCCCAAGGACUGUGGGCUUUCCACUCUCCCUCCAGAACUGGUGCUGCAUCCAGGGGAUAAUACUGGGUGAGGACUCUCCCAGUGGGAUCUGAAUCAGGACUGGAGUCCACUGCCCAGACGGAUAACAACCACCUCCUCUCCGGUCCCAUAACCACCUCUCCUUUCCCAAAGAGCUCGCCACAGCUUGGUUUCA